AUGGGAAUUCUUCCCUCAUGUGUAUUUCUUGUCUUUGCGUCAUACCUGUUUAGGUACCAAGUAGCACAAAAUGCCCAGCAUAGGGAUUACGUAGAUGCCAUAGCGACACAGCAGAAUAAGCUCCAUUCCUUAAGAGGAAAAAUCUUUGAUAGAAACUACAAUAUAGCACUUGCAAAAAAUGUAAGUAGUUACCAAAUAGUGCUUACCCCCGCUCUUUUUUCAAAGAAGCAUAGAGAACAGUCUAUAAAGGAACUUGCAGAACUCCUUAACCUAAGCACGGAGUUUAUCGAGGGGCUACUCCAGAAAAGAAUGCAAGAAGAUGAGUAUCUUCUAGUAGAUAACUUACUGUACAGUGAAUUAGCUGUGUAUUUAGAGCAGCUUGGAAAUUACCCAGGAGUCAAUUGGAAAAGAAACACGAAGCGAUACUAUCCAUUUAAUGAUUCAAUGUCGCAUAUUGUGGGGUAUGUGGGUAAUAUCACGCAAAACGAGAAGAAAUUGCUAAAUUUUGAGGGCUACACACUUUCUGAUAAGAUAGGAAAAACAGGUAUAGAAAAGCAGUAUGAGCAUAAGUUACGGGGAGAAGUGGGGCAAAAGCUUAAUAAGGUAACAGCAACAGGAAAAAAUGUAAAAGAUAGCGAAGAAAUAGUAAGAAAUUCAAAGCCUGGGAAUGAUCUUAUUCUUACGAUAGAUAGGAACAUACAAAAUAUUGUUGAGAAGGCAAUAGGGGAGAGGGUUGGUGCUGCUGUCGUGCUGAAACCCAGUACAGGAGAGAUUCUUUCAAUGGUGUCAUACCCACGUUUUAAUUCCAAUAUCUUCUCUUCUUCUCCAGAUAAGCGACUUAUCUCCCAAAUACGAAAGAACAUUCACUCGCCUCUUUUUAAUAGAGCAAUACAAGCGAGCACGUCCCCCGCUUCUACAUUUAAGAUUCUCUUACUCCUUGCGUACUACCAGGAAUUUCCUCGUGAGUGGAACACCCCCGUCUAUGAUAGAGGCUAUGUUAUGGUGGGGAAUAGGGCGUUUUAUGAUUGGUAUCGUCUAGGGAGAGGAUGGAUUACACCAUCAAACGCCCUGUCUUUGUCUAACAAUGUAUUUUUCUACACUAUAGGUGUGGAUAAGUUAGGCGUGAAUACCAUUAUACGAUAUGCAGACAUGCUUGGGUUAGGUAAUAAAACAAAUAUAGAUUUGCCAGGAGAAGUUGGGGGGAUACUGCCCAGUCCUAGAUGGAAGUCCCUUCGGUACAGAGAGGUGUGGCAGGAUGGGGAUACAGCUAAUCUUUCUAUAGGUCAGGGGUAUCUUGCUGCAACCCCCAUUCAGCUUGCUAACAUCCUUGCUUUUAUAGUUAACGAGGGAACUAUCUACACUCCAUACCUCCUCAAAGAAAUAAGAGAGCAGAUAUCGGGAAAAAUAGUAGAGCGGUAUAGUCCUAAAGUAUUGUUUUCUACUGAUGCUAUACACUCCGGUGUAUUUACACAGCUCAAGCGAGAUAUGCGUAAAGUAGUAGUAAGCGGCACUGCUCAGUCGGUUAUCAAUACAGAUGUAGUUGAUAUUGCAGCAAAGACUGGUACCGGUCAGGGUGCGGAAAGCGUGGACGAGCAGCAGUAUUCGUCGUUAUUCGUAUCUUUUGCUCCAUAUGCUGCGCCGGCUGAGGAUCAGAUUAUCGUAGUAAUAUGGAUUGAUGCAAUAAAUGAAUGGGAGUGGUGGGCACCAAAAGCCGCUAACAUUAUCUAUCAUGCAAUAUUUACCAACAGCACCUACGAGGAAGCCAUUGCUGAUCUAGAAGAAAAAGGGACGUGGUACUUGUAG